AUGUCAUCCGAUCAACAUCAACAAAUACCUGCUAAAGUUCUUGAUGACUUAUGCAGUCGUUUUAUUAUAAAUAUUCCAGCUGAACAACGUGAAGAUCUUGUUCGUGUAUUAUUUGCCGUUGAAUUAGCUCAUUGGUUUUUUAUUGAUUUCUAUUGUGAAGAUUAUAAUGAUUUACAUGUUUGUAAUAUAAAAGAUUUUGCCCAACAAAUUUUUCAACAUUGUCCAUUUUUAUGUAAUUAUGUUCAUAAUCUUGAUACAAUUCUAUCACGUUGGCGUGGUUAUAAAUUAAGUGUACCAACAUAUGGUGCAGUUUUGCUUGAUCCAACAUACGAACAUGUUUUACUUGUACGAGGAUUUUACAAUCGUGAAAGUUGGGGUUUUCCAAAAGGAAAAGUACAAGAAAACGAAAGUCCGUUAAAAUGUGCCAUACGAGAAGUUAUGGAAGAAGUUGGUUUUGAUAUGAAAGAUCGUGCUUUUGAUGAUCAAUAUUUAGAACGUGAUCUCAAUGGACAACUUAUUCGAUUAUAUAUAGUUAAACAAGUACCACUUGAUACAAAAUUUGCUGCUAAAACAAAGAAUGAAAUUAAAGAAAUGCGUUGGUUUCGUCUUUCCGAUUUACCAUGUCAUAGACGUGACACGACACCUCAAAUGACAUUAGGUCUUAAUCCAAAAGCUUUUUUUAUGGUUAUACCAUUUAUUAAAGAUUUACGUCGUUGGAUUAAUCAAGAGCGUGGAAUUUAUUCAUCAUCAAAUGGUGAUUCAGAUAAUGCAAAUGAAUAUAUAAAACGACGUGAACAAGGUCAUUUACAACAUCAUCAUUAUCCUCAAGUCCGAAGUCGAAGAACAACAUAUCAUGGAGGUACAGGACCAACACCAGCUAAUACUCGUCAACCAACAAUUUUACAAAAACUUUUUGGUGUUGAUCAUCAAACAUCUUCAUUUAUUCGAGAUAAUACAUCUAUGAAUGAACAACGAAAAAAUUCAAGUAAAAUUAUUGCUAAUCUUACAACGCAUAGUGCAGAUGAACAACAAGUUCCAACAUCACAUAAAUUUCAAACACAAUUAAGUGUACAAGAUACAAUUCAACGGCAUUUUUGUCAAAUACUUAAAAAUGAUUCGCUUACUGUUACGGAUAAUACAUCGAUUACAGAAACAUUGCUUAUGAGAGAAAAUAGUUCAUCAACAACAGCUACAUUAAUUGCUACACAAUUAACACCUCCAAUGUCCAAUGAUGAUGAAAAUAAACGUCCGUUAACGAGUAAAAAUCGUUCAAAUAAUAAUGAAUCAUCAUCACAUAAAGAGAAAAAGACUGCUAAUAUAACAAAUCAAGUUCAAUAUCGAAUUUUACAACGUGGUGAACUAGAUGAAUCAAUAUCAACAAUAAAAAAUGAAUUAAAUACAUCUGAAAAUAGUACUUCAGCUAAGUCUCAACGUAAUCGGCGUCGUGCAGAUCGUCGUUUAAAUAAUGAUCUUAACCGUAAACAACAAAAUCAACAGCAACCAUUUUCAAAUUUAACAAAUAAUAAUUCUUGCAAUAGUCAAAAUUCUCAUACGUUUCGUUAUGGUGGUCCACGUUGUUGGACGCAAUUUCGUUUAAAUCGUUCUGAAGUCUUUCGUUGUCUUCGAGAGUAA